GAUGAAGUUGCUUUGCUUCAUCAAUAUCAAUGAAGUUGCUUUGCUUCAUCAAUUAUCAUCAUCGUCUUCCAUCUCUUCUUCCGUGGCGCUCGGAUAAAAACAUUCUGGACGCGUCUUUUAUCUGUCGAACGAACGCUUACCGUGCACUCAAAUUUUCUUCGUUGAAGUGACGUGAUUGAUGUGUGUGUAUUACAGCAUUUUCUCGAUGCACAUCAUUAUUCAUCUUUGGAAAUUUUCCCGAGCAAAUAAUUAAUUGGGCGAUGAGAUGGGUGGCUAGCGGAACCUCGCCACCAAUUGGAAGGGUGGUAGUUGAACAUGUGGGUAUGGCUGCUGAUUACCAUCGCUAAACCUAGCUAAAAGUUACCCGUGAUAAGAAGGCGAAAGUUUUCACGUUAUUAGAGAGAGAGAGAGAGAGAGAGAGAGAGAGGAUGUGCCUUUGGCGGAGGAAAGGCCCAUCUGGGUUUUCUUAUUAUUCCACAGCUGAGGAAGUCACUGAAGGAAUUGAUGGCUCUGGUCUUACUGCUAUUGUAACAGGAUCAUCAAGUGGUAUUGGUGCAGAAACAGCGCGUGUCCUUGCACUUCGCGGAGUUCAUGUUGUAAUGUGUGUCAGGAAUAUGGCUGCAGGCAGAGAUGUUAAAGAAGCUAUAAUGAAGAAAAUUCCCACUGCUAAAAUUGAUCUAAUGGAGUUGGAUCUCAGCUCAAUGGCAUCUGUUAGAAAAUUUGUAUCAGACUUCAUUUCCUCAGGCCUCCCGCUGAACAUUCUGAUUAACAAUGCAGGAAUAGGAACUGGUUUCAUGCUUUCUGAAGACAACAUAGAAAUACAUUUUGCCACAAACCAUUUAGGACAUUUUCUUUUGACAAAUCUUUUGUUGAAUACCAUGAAGAAAACAUCAUGUGAGACCAAGAGAGAAGGAAGGAUUAUAAAUGUUUCAUCAUAUGGUCACCAAUUUACAUACCUUGGAGGAAUUAGAUUUGAUAAAAUCAAUAAUCAAGAAGGGUACUCCGGUGUACGUGCAUAUGGUCAAUCCAAGCUUGCUAAUAUCUUGCAUGCCAACGAGCUUUCAAGACGUCUUAAGGAAGAAGGCGUAGAAAUAACUGCAAAUUCACUCCAUCCUGGAACGGUUGUCACAAACAUUUACCGUAGUAAUCGCCUUGUCACUGGUCUCGUUAAUGUGCUUGGUAAAUGUAUGCUUAAAACUGUUGAACAGGGGGCGGCAACGACAUGCUAUGUGGCAUUGCAUCCGCAAGUCAAAGGGAUAAGCGGCGAAUAUUUUGUCGACAGCAACUUGGGAAAAGCAAGUGCACUGGCCACAGAUGUGGAGUUGGCUAGGAAGCUUUGGGAUUUCAGUAUGAAUUUGGUUAGGUGCUCCUAAUUUGGAUAUGCUUCUGUCCUCAAGAACAGUAAAGAAUACAGAUUCUGGGUGUAUAUCCCAUGAUCAUAUAUGAUCUAUUGUCAUUGAAUUAUUUGGAUAUUUCAUGUCCAUAUAUGCUAUAUAUAACAACUUGUUUGAGCUA